AUGAACUUCAAUUACAACAAUUUAUACGGGUUCCCGAAUUAUUACGACCCCAAUCAACAGCAGCAGCAGCAGCAACAACAAGACCAGCAGAAUUAUGAUUAUAUGAACAGCUUCCCUAUUUUCAAUCCAAACUUGAUGCAGCCACCACCACCGCAACCUUCUCUUAAUUUAAUGCCUAAUCCACAGUUCUAUAGGCCUGUAGUAGAAGAAUCUAUGGCUCAGCGUUUCGUCAGGACUCUCGGCUUUUCGCCUGAGCAGCUCCCUUUAGUUGAACGCGUUUUGGCUGAAUGUAACCAAGACUAUAGAACUGCAACUGACACUCUUUUGUCAAUGAACGCUAUGGCACCUCAGAUACAACAUCAGCAGCACCACCCUCAGCCUAUUGUACCUCCAGCGCAUAUGCUGCAACACAGACAGCAGCCUCAGUUCAUUAGACAACCUCAAAUACCUCCUCAACCUCUCAGAAUUAGACAAAUGACUACCCUCCCACCUCAAUCCAAGAUUAGAGAAAAUACUACAACUUCCGUUAGAAGACAGACAAAGAAACAGUACAACUCUUCAGAUGAUGAAGGUGAUUUCGGUGGUGAUAGCGAUUCUGAUGAUGACAAUGGUGUUAGAGAGUCUACAGUUUCAUUAUAUGAUGAAUCGGAGGCAGUCAAAUGGUUUAACAAAGCUGAACCAAAAGAAAUUCAAGAAAUCUUGGCCCUCUCAGAUAAGGCUUUAGAAGCCAUAACUAAUAUGAGACCUUUCCAAAAUGCAAACACCCUCAGAGCUAAGUUGAAAGCUACAAAAGGUGUUUCAACCACUAUCUUCGAUUUCUAUUUGGAUUUAAUCGCUAGUUACAAGCAGGUCGAUGAAGUACUUGACAAGUGUGAACAAGUUGGUGGCAGAAUUUCAUCUAUUUUCUCACAAAUGGAAAAGAAAGAUGAAACUCCUCCUGCAUUGAUUGAAAGUUCAAUUAAAUUGAAAAAUUAUCAAUUUGAAGGUGUCAGAUGGUUAGAGCACUUGCAUAAACAAAAAGUUUCCGGUAUUUUAGCAGACGAGAUGGGUCUUGGUAAAACUCUUCAAGUUAUUGUAUUCAUAGCUUCACUUAAGCACACUCAACAACCAGGUCCAAAUCUCAUCGUCGUACCUUCCUCUACACUUGAAAAUUGGUUAAGAGAGUUUUCUAGAUUCGCUCCAAGCUUGAUCGUUAAAUCAUACUACGGUGAUCAACAUGAGAGAUCUAUUCUUAGAGAUGACUUGCUACCAUCUAGAAAUGAAAUGGAUGUAUUGAUUACAACCUAUAACCUUGCUCAAGGUUCUCCACAAGAUAGGAAGUUCUUGCGUAAAAUGAAGUUCCGUACAGCUGUAUUCGAUGAAGGACAUAUGCUCAAAAAUCGUGAAACGAAAUCUUAUAAAUACUUGGCUGAGUUGAAGGUUCCUUGGAGAUUACUACUUACUGGUACACCACUUCAAAACAAUCUUCAGGAAUUAGUUUCACUUCUUAACUUUAUUUUGCCUGAAUAUUUCCAAGAUACUGAAGAAGCCUUGCGUGUCGUAUUCAAGGUUAAGCCGGGUGUUCAUGCAUCCAUGCUUUCAAGAGAGCGUGUUUCUAGAGCUAAAAAAAUGAUGCAACCUUUCGUAUUACGUAGGAAGAAAGCUCAAGUAUUGACAGAUCUUCCAAAGAAGACGGAAUUGAUAGAAUAUUGUGAUUUAACUGAAAGUCAGAAGACUAUCUACGCUGAAACUAUGGCUAGAUCUCGUAAAGCUAUAGUUGAAGCAGAUAAAACUGAAGCUUCAACACCUUCAGAAUCUGGAACUGAAUCACAACGUGGUAGAAAAAGAGGGAAAGCUGGAUCUUCUAAAGGAAAAGAUCCUUCCGAAUCUUCUAAUCACGUUCUUAUGGAUUUAAGAAAAGCUGCUAAUCAUCCAUUAUUAUUUAGACGUCAUUUCAAUACUUCAGUCGUUAGAGAGAUGGCAAAGGAUUGUUUGAAAGAACCGGACUUUAAAGAGAGUGUUUAUGAGCUUGUUGUUGAAGAUAUGGAGGUUAUGACAGAUUCUGAAUUACAACAAUUUACCAAGAAUUUCCAAACUGUUAACAAGUACACCUUACCUGAUACGGUUUACUUAGAUUCAGGAAAGAUUACAGCAUUAUUGAGAAUUUUAAGAGAAGCAAAAGAACGUGGUGAUAGAGUACUUAUUUUCUCUCAAUUCACGAUGAUGUUGGAUAUUCUUAAAAAGGUUCUUGAUCAACACACUAUUAGAUACCUUAUGUUCACUGGUCAAACACAAGUCGAAGAAAGACAAAUAUUGGUCGAUGAGUUCUUUGAAGAUACUGAUAUUCAAGUAUUCUUGUUGUCAACUAAAGCAGGUGGUUUAGGUAUUAACUUGACAGCUGCAAAUGUUGUUGUUAUCUUCGACUCUGAUUGGAAUCCUCACGCUGAUAGACAAGCUGGUGAUAGAGCUUUCCGUAUUGGUCAAACAAAAGAUGUCACGAUCCACAAAUUUGUAUCAAAGGGUACAAUUGAAGAGGAUAUGCUUAGAUUAGCAGAGACUAAGCUCAAGCUUGACAAAGCUGUUGGUGGCGGUGAAGGUGAAUACGGUGGUGGUGAAGGUGAAGGUGACGAAGGCAAUGCUGAAGCGACUGAGAAGGUUGUCAAAUCAUCCUUGUUACAAUCAAUACGUAAUAGAUUGGAUGCUGGUGAAGAAGUAUCUACAACUGCAGCUACUCCAACCACUGAUCCUGCAGCAUCACAAACUGAAUUUAUCAAACAGCUUGAGGCUAACGAUCAAUUACCUGCUGAAGCUCAAGCAAAGGUUUUGGCAACUGAUGCAUUACCUGAAGCUGCACAGAAGCAAGUAGAUUCUGAUGCCACGAAUGCUGUUCAUGAGCAAGCGAACGCUAUCAGUCAGGCUCAACAGCAGGAAGUGCAUCAGUUGAAUGAGCAAAAAGCUGAAGUUAAAAUUGAACAAACAUCAGCACCAACUCUGCCAACUUCAAGUGGUGAAUCUGACCCAACUGACGUUAAACAAGAAGCACAACUAGAAGUUCAACCGUCAGCCCAAUCUGUAGUUCAAUCAGAAGUACAAACGCAAUCACCUGCACCAGUACCUGAGCAACCAAAAGAAGCUCCUCAACCACCCGCAAUUCCAGAACAAUCUCAACAACCAACAGUUUUACCAACUUUACCGUCAGAUGCAGGAGUUAAAGAAAAUCAACAAAGUGAACAAAGCUAA